ACGGCAGCUACAUCCAUCCGAUUCGGAGGAUAUUGUUGAAGAACGUGUUAUAAACGAGGAGUACAAAAUAUGGAAACGCAACACGCCGUUUCUCUACGAUAUGCUCAUGUCACACUGUUUGGAAUGGCCCAGUUUGACAGCUCAGUGGCUUCCAGGAGUUGAAAGGACUGACGGAGAUGUAUCGAUUCAUCGAUUAAUCCUGGGCACACACACGUCAGAUGAACAGAAUCAUUUGUUAAUAGUAACUGUCCAUCUUCCUAACGAUCAAGCCGAAUUCGAUGCCAGUGCCUACGACAGCGAACGAGGCGAUUACGGGGGUUUCUAUUUCCCUUCUGGGAAACUGGAAAUCUCAAUGAAAAUUAAUCACGAGGGUGAAGUUAACCGGGCCCGGUACAUGCCUCAGAAUCCCGAUAUUAUCGCUACAAAAACUCCGAGUGGUGAUGUGCUCAUUUUUGAAUAUCCUCGACACCCAGCCAAAUCUUCUCCUGAUCGUGGAUGCCAACCAGAUUUGAGGUUAAAGGUGGGUUUUCAUCGAAACGUUUAA